GCAUUCGGAAUUCGGAUAUGGACUUGAAAAGUAGAAAUUACAAAACUGUUGAAAAUUUAAGAAAAAGUAAUUUAAGAGAACAAAGAAAGUUGGAAGCUGAAAUUGGUCCUGGCGCUAGACAUGGACUGGAAGCUCAUCACAAAUCCGAAAUAUCUGCUUUAUCUCAAGAACAAAGGAAAAUACAAGCCGAACUGGCUCAAUUAAGGCGAAAAACUUUUAAUACAGCAGGAGGAUUACCACCAAGGAAAAGUGGUUUCCCUGAAAAUUACGGAAAGAGUGUUUUAGAUAAUUACAUAUCGCCAAGAGAAAGAAGAGAAGGAAUAAAAUCAAAGAGUAAAAGUGAAACUAAUAAAGGCUCAGCUGAUCAUUUUACACCUAAGACUUUUGAAAGUUACAUUCGAAACGAAGAAGAAAAAGUUGAAGCUGUACAAGCACCAAUUGAUGAAAAAGUUGAUGUUGUCGAAACUAAUCCAUUGGAAAAUUUAGGAAAUGAUGUUUUCAAUAUGGAUGGAAGUAUUAGGACAAUGUACAAAGUACCAGAUUUUACAGAUAGAUAUGAACAAGCUAAAAAAGCUCGUUAUAUAAGACACUCAGAAAAGAAUAAACCAGACUUUGAAAAAGAAUUAAGUGCCAGAGAAGUCUUUUCUGAUUUGAAAAAGAAAAAAUAG